CCCCCCGCAUCUCGCCUCCCCCCACACCCUCGGCCCGCCCGCUGUCCCUGCUCUAAGAAGUGACACUCGGAACCACCCACUCCCUCCCCCGACCUUGACGCUUUUAGAUGUAAAUCUUUUCUGCUGGAGGCCGAGCUAAGAUUAGGGGUCCUUGGAGUCGGGUCUCGGUUUUCUUGUAUCUGUAGUUGGUUGUGUCGUUUCCCUUCUGAUCAUCCCCAAACAGGAAGUUCUUCUCACCCAGGGCGACCUUGGCCCGAGCGCCCCUUGGUGUUUCCACACCCGGGCGGGCUCAAAGGGCUGGAGACUUUGGGCUGAUAGGACGCACGGCAGAAACAGCCGGUUUUCCACUUCAGAAACACUGGUGCUGGCAAGUGGGGGUGUGUGGCGGCUUGUGGGGGGAUCUGAAUCCUACCCCGACCCCACCCCUUCUGCUGAGACCAGGGGCGGAGGCCACCGCGGGGUAGGUAGGAGGCUAUGAAGGGAGAUUUCCCAGAGCCUUAAUCUUGGCGAUUGAUCGUUCGUUUGCCUGGAAAAAUGACAUCUCGGUUAUUUUUGAACUUUUUGAACUGAAUCUAACAGUUCCCCUUUUCAGCCAAGGGGUUGUUGAGUUGCACUGUUAACAGUAUUGGAUAAUUAGGCAGCCUUUACUAAAAGAUGCUAAAGUGAUGGCAAUUAACAUGUAGAGAAUGGCCUCAGUUUUAAAUCACCUUCAUGUCAGUGAUCUUGUCUGACUUGACUUUGCAUUUAGGAGACUGGCGCUAUUAACGUGUUGAUUUUACCACUAAUGACCUCAAGUUAAAUCCUUUGCCCAGGUAACAAAGAAUUCUGUAAGCAGGCUCUUUUUCCGAUGUUAAGUGAAGUAUUAGCACUGGUUGUAACCUUAGCUGGCAGAGUUUGCUCUGUUGUCUGGCAUGGCUCCGGAUGCUUUACACACUGUCGUGUAGCCUCAGCACCACAUUUGGAGGGGUAGGCAGUAUGUGUGUCCACACUUUAUAGAUGACUAGGAUGAGAUAAGACCUGCUUACCGGUAACUUUGUUCAAUGUCACUCUGGCCUUUGAGGCCACUUCAUAACUGUGACUCUUAAAAGACACACUACCUUAGAGGUUGAAUUGUACAAUUUGAUGAACAGAAAUAUUCACUAGUCACCAGCAGAGAAGAAGCAUCACCCAUGCGCUGUGAUCUUCUGGAUCCAGGGGAAUGAGCAGGAAGCUGAGUCCUCUGAUGUUUUGCUUGCAAGGAGGGGGAUGACAAUACACAAAGGAACAAAAGGAUAUAGAGCAUCAGGUAGCAGUGGGUGCCCUGAAGACCUGUGAAGCAGGCAGGUGGGGCAGGCCACUCUCCCUGGCUGGCUUCGGAGCAGGGAUCUGGAGGAAAUACGGGUGAUGCUGAUUGGGAGCAGCGCUUCCAGGACAGGACAGGAGCACCUGGCAAGGAUGUGUAACUUCAGCACCACUGAUAUUUUUUUGUUGUGAGGACUGUCAUGUGCAUUGUAGGACCUUGAGCAGUGUCCCUGUCCUUUACUCACUGGAUGUGAGUAUACUCUUCAGUUAUGACAACCAAAAAUGUCUCCAGACAUUGUCAAAUGUCCCCCAGGAGAUGAGCUAUCCGGGUUAAGAAUCACCAGACGAAGAAGAGCAAGAGCACAGGUGCAGCGGAGUUAGGGGUGGAGGUGCGGAGGCCAAGAACAGGUGAUGGGCUCAGCACAGGAGCCUCAGGCAAGUCCCCAGGGGUCCCACAGGCGGCAGUGCCAUUCUGACCAGGGAGUGUCAUCGCUGGCAUGGCUGUUGAAAAGAUUGCUCUGGCUGCUUUGGGGAAAGUAGAGUGAAGGGAGCAGCAAUAAAAACAGGGUGAGCAGACAGGCCGGAAAUGAUGGACUGGGCCAGAUGGAAGCAGAGGUGGUGGUGAGAAAUGCUUGUAUUCUGGAUACGUUUUGAAAGAAGUUGCUGAAGGAUCUAAAAGGAUCGCGUGAUAGAAGGAGAGACGUCGAAGGGCCACACUCCUUGCUCUUCCUCUUCAUGGGCGCCUCGGAGCCAGAUCUCGGGCUGCCCCUGUUUGAGGCCUUGGGCUACGUGGACGACCAGCUGUUUGUGUCCUACAAUCACGAGAGUCGCCGUGCAGAGCCUCGUGCCCCCUGGCUCUCGGGUAAGGCCACCAGCCAGCUGUGGCUGCAGCUGAGCCAGAGCCUGAAAGGGUGGGAUCACAUGUUCACCGUGGACUUCUGGACCAUCAUGGACAACCACAACUACAGCAAGAUAACGAAGCUGGGAGUGUUGCCAGAGUCCCACACCCUGCAGGUGAUCCUGGGCUGUGAAGUGCAAGCGGACAACAGCACCAGAGGGUUCUGGAAGUAUGGGUACGAUGGGCAGGACCACCUGGAGUUCCACCCUGAGACGCUGGACUGGAGGGCGGCAGAGCCCAGGGCCUGGGCCACCAAGCUGGAGUGGGAAGUCAGCAAGAUCCGGGCCAAGCAGAACAGAGCCUACCUGGAGCGGGACUGCCCGGAGCAGCUGCGGCACUUGCUGGAGCUGGGGAGAGGGGCUCUGGACCAGCAAGCGCCUCCUUUGGUGAAGGUGACUCAUCAUGUGGCCUCUGCGGUGACCACUCUACGCUGUCAGGCUCUGAACUUCUACCCCCAGAACAUCACCAUGAGGUGGCUGAAGGACAGGCAGCCACUGGAUGCCAAGGACAUUGAGCCCAGGGAUGUGCUGCCCAACGGGGAUGGGACCUACCAGAGCUGGGUGGCUUUGGUGGUGCUCCCCGGGGAGGAGCAGAGAUACAGCUGCCAGGUGGAGCACCCAGGCCUGGAUCAGCCCCUCACUGCCUGCUGGGAGCCCUCGCUGUCUGGCACCCUGGUCAUUGGAAUCAUCAGUGGGAUUGCUGUUUGUGUCAUCAUCUUUAUUGGAAUUUUGUUCAGAAUCUUAAGGAGAAGGCAGGCUUCAAGAGCAGCCUCGGGGGACUAUGUCUUAGCCGAAUGUGAAUGAAGUGCAUGCCGCCUGCAGAUCUGGUGGGGAGGAGACCUAACUCUUUGAGACUCAAAGAGAAGGAGCUCUUGUGGCCUUCUUCAUGUCAAAAGACAGCUGGACCUAAAAAAUAAGAACUGUCUCAGGAACUCUCUGCUCUUAGCCUCUCCAGUUCCCUCUCAAAGAGCUUCCCCAUUUAGGUUCUUGAGUUCCUGCCUGCCGAGGGGCCCCAAGCUGUGACCUCUCCCCCAGAAUCUGCUCUCCUGAAUCCGAAGCUGCUUCUAGAGCCAGUCUUCAUUCAUUUCCUGCGUCACCUCAGACUCCAUAUACCUACGUCAUCUCAUCUCCUAACCGUGGGAGGAGGCGUCUGAAAUUUGGGGGAUUCAUGAUUGCUUUAAACAUCUGAGAAAAGCUUUGAACCUUCACCUCAGGACAUACACUCUAAUACACCUACCAGCAUUUGACACACACAUCCAGACAUUUCCUGGACCCACUCAAAUUUCCUUUUAAUUCUGUCUCUCUUAUUCAAGAACUCACCUGUCACCAAGCUCUGUGGUUUCUUCCAUCAGAGAGAGAUCUGGGCAGUAGUACAGCUCUGAAGGCUGUGCACUGCACAACCCGAGAGGCACAUUUUCCAGAAGAGGCAUCAUGAAUGUUUGAGUGUAAUAUGAGAGUUUUCCAGAAAACGGGAGGGAAAUGCUUGAGAAAUGAUGUCGUUUUCUAGUUUGCACAAAGAUGCCAUAUAGGUUUCCUUAGGUCAAGGAUACUUGCAUUUGCAAUGGCUCUCGCUCCUAAAUGCCAGACUUGAAGUAGCACUGGACUUGGUCUCUGCUGACACCCUCUCCUUGUUCAGUUAAUGAAAAUGAUAAUAAAGAUGAUUAUGAUGAUGAUAA